GCUUCUCACAACACCUGUAACUGGUGGCGAGGUCCUGGUCAGGCGAAGUGAUGGGGGAAGUAAACUCGCUCUCUGAUUGGCUAACAUGUUCAUUGAUGCUUCUAAAUGACAUGAAAUGCUAAUUUCAUAUCAGGUCAUGACUAUACUGGGAAGCGUGAAAAUAGAACUUGGAAUACGCCCUAUACUAUGUGUUUGGGUAUGAUUAAAAACAUUCUGCUGUCGGAUUCAAGCAAGGGAAUACAAAGUUUCUAAUCCAUCGAAACUGAAAUGAACAUUUAUUUCUUCAAAUUUCUAUUYGUCYUACAAUCACGGAGAUAAGGUUGCCUUGGACACCUUGAUAUUAACCUGUUAGCCGUGAGAAAUGUGGACCUUGCCUGAAGCUCUCUGAUGGUAAACACCACUUGGUUUUGUAGUUCCAACAGAAUUCGUCUGAAGCUGAAGGACUUGAGAUGAAUCAACGAGAAUUUGGUCAAGAAGCUUUCAGCGAUGAACAGUUUCUCGCUGGCGGAAUAACAUUACUUUUAUCAGGCACAAUUGGUUUUGUUGGUAAUAUUUUUGUCCUGAUAAUAACUUACAGGAUACUGCGAUACAGAAGAAACAUUCCAACAAUWUUCAUCCUAUUUCUAUCAUGGACAGACUUGCUAACUUUCCCUCUCAUAUAUCCGCAGUCUUUGCUGAAGUAUUUUGUAGGUGUUUAUGUAGGUGACUAUGUUGGCUGUGACUAUCAAGGAACGGUCAUAACACUACUUUAUGGCAUAUCAAUAACACUGGUAUUGAUGAUGAGCGUGGACCGUUUAUUAGCUCUUCAUAAGCCAUUUUGCUACGAACGAUAUAUUACAUACGAUAAAGAGAAGGUUAAGGUAACGGCAAUAGGGGUUGGAACGGCAGGACUUACAAUGUCACUUCUUCCCGCRUUCGGUGUUGGUCGUAACGUGCUACAUUUUCCAGGCACGUUUUGUCUUUUUGAAUGGGGUGCUGAAACCGUAGACGGUAGAGCAUUGUUGUAUAUCUAUAUGACUCUACUCAGUAUUGCAAUGCUUACGAUUGUUUUCUGUAACCUGGGAGUAGUGAUUUUGACAUGGAGGUUAGUGAGAAGAGUACAAGGUGAUAGUACUCUUGGUGAUAAAGAGAGUGCAGCACCAAAAGCGAGGCCAAAGUCUUCAAGUCAUGUGGAAAUGGAAAUGCAGUUUGCAAAAAUAAGCUGUGUGGCAGCCAUUGCAUUUGUGGGGUGCUGGAGUCUAUUUUUGAUUCGUGUGACGAUGAUUCAAGCUGGCUAUCAYUUUGAUGCACUCUUAGACUUUACAUCCAUUCGACUUGCGUCACUACAUUCAGUACUCAAUCCUUGGUUCUAUCCRUUGCUCAGAAGAAAAUAUCGCGAAGGCUUCUGGUAUCUUAUGACGUGGGUUGGUCACAUAGUCACGUGUACUUUGAUAGCAAAACCAGAAAACACAUUAGAUGACAUUGUUGGUGGGACUCCAAGAACCAAGCGAAGUAAAAAYAUCCUUCAGAGCGAAGAACGAAGACGAAGUUCUCAACGGUUUGUUAGUACAUCGACAUUGGCUACCGAGAAGUCAAUUUCAACUGACAGCAAAUAAAAUCAUUAGAGCUUAUUACAAUUUAUUAAUAAUUUUUUAGAUUUAAAAACAAAGUAUUUAUUUACAAUUUGCAAAUAUAUGUUCUUGUAAAGGCAAAGUUUUAAUUGAUAAACAUUCGUAUAAUGAYCGUCAUAUAUUAAGGACAAAAUGGCUAUGAUGGAAUUUUAAGAUUUUGUACAAAUUAUAAGUGAUUUAUUAAUUGAUUUGUAAUUUUGCAGACUUAGUUUGCAAUUAACUUUUGCAUAAUUGUUUGAAAUAAUCUGUAAUGAUUCGACUCUCAUGACGUCAUACUUUKUAUCUAAAAAAACACAAUGUAGCAAGAUCAUCAACACGAUCAACAUCUUUGUUAAUACUUACACUCACAGUAUGCCGAAAAAGAAUAAUGUAAAAUAUUGUAUAGCAUAUAAAAUAAUAAACCAACAGAAUAUCAAAGAAAUUAGUAAUAAAUUCUAUGCAUAUGAUUUAUUUUGCAUCAAAAGUGG